GUGUGUGUGCUUGACCUGACAUGUUAAAACAGAUAACAUGUGAGUUAGGCGGACUCACAGCAGAUGGACAUAGAUUGCAAUCAGAAAGAUAUUAGAAUUUUUAUUAUUUGCAAACAUGCCCUAGACACAUACCAGAUGUAAUAUAAUGUAAUAUGAACACCAGCAUAUGUCUUUACAAUAGAAAAGGAGGUAUUGUAAAUAAACUAUACUGGACUGUUGCUGGGUAUGUUUUUGAUGGGCACACAAGGUCAAAACUUUAACUUUUGUAAAGUAGCCUACAGACGGACAAUUGAAAGCUUGUGGGGACAGUAAGUGUGCAAACAAACAGGUCUCGUGCCUUGUAGCGAUUAAUAGAGAACGCGUCUGCGGAACAUGUGCGCGUCCGGGACCGGGGUUGCGGAUCCCUGUUAUGAAGCCUGGUGCACCGCUCUCUGCAUUUCAGUUUGCAUAAUGACGGUCGCUUUGGUUGGUGGGGAGAGACGCUGCCGUUAAAUUUGGAUUCAGUGAAGACGCCAGGAGAGUUCCUCUGGAGUUCACCUCCGCCCGGUCGCUCAGCUGUUCCUGUCCUCUGACUGCCGCUUUCCAUCUUCGGAGAUAAUUCCCAGACAAUGGGCGUGGAUUUGUAAAUUAUACACCGUUGUUCUCUUUGUGUUUGGGACCCGGGAGGUUUUUCCUGUUUAAUGCGGUCAGAGAGGUAUGUUCUCGGUGACCGCGCUAUUUUUAAUAAAUCCCUUUAAAUAUGUUUGACCUAAGUGGGGGAUUUCAAGAGCCGUAGUAUUAACUAGAGCCAGAACAUAAUUCCACGCUGACAGCGGGGAUAGCCUACGUGGUGUCGCGUUUUUGUUUUCCUACUCUGAACACGAACGGAUGCGCGCAGGAAGACGCCGUUUUGCUCGCCAAUAUUGCGCUCCUCCCGCGCGAUAUGAAGUCUAUAUUGUGAUAUAGAAUCAUAAUUAUUACUCUUUGUGCGGAGUUGCCAAAGAACAAAAGAGAAAUGAAGACGGAACUGUCUGGGAUUAUCGUGACGCUCUGGAUAUUUUUAGAGUGCACAGAAGCCAAGAAGUACUGCUGGUAUUUUGAGGGUGGCUACCCCAUCUAUUUUAUAUGCCGUUCCUAUGAGGACUGCUGUGGAACGCGCUGCUGUGUGCGAGCCCUGUCCAUACAGAGACUAUGGUACUUCUGGCUCUUGUUGAUGAUGGGGGUGCUGUUCUGCUGUGGAGCCGGCUUCUUCAUCCGCAGACGCAUGUACCCCUCCCCCCUCAGCGAGGAGACCGCCUUCAACGUGUCCUUCACCAGACAGCCUGUCAGCACGCCCGGGUCCCAGCCCGGGAUGCAGAAUUUUGGCGACCCGGGCGGUCCGUUGACCACCCCCCUCACCCCGGCCUACCAGGUGCAGCCCAACUCCCCCCACAUGAUGGCGCCCUACCCGCCCCCGCCCUCCUACUGCAACCACCCGCCCCCUCCGUACGACCAGGUGUUCAACACGGCGGAGAAGAAGUAACGCUAACCGGGGAUCCGCGACAACAAGAGACAUCAUCGCCCCAAAUACCCCCCCCUCACCCCACCUUCCCCUUAACUCUCCCGGUGACGUGUGCGGAGCGACCAGCCCUCCUCGGGGCAGGGAGGAGGAGGAGGACGAGGA